AUGUACGAAUCAAGAAGUGUAGCUUCUAUCUCUUCAAGAAUUAAAAACAACGCCUCCCAUCAAUAUAAUAGCAUCAUGGCGUUCAAUGAAGUUGCUGAAGAUAGAGGCACCAACUGCUCCCACAAAAACUCAGACAACCAGGAAACAAACCUCAAUCCUCAAGUCAAAAUCAAUGAACAACUGAACCCACAUCUCUAUUCCAAAUUCAAAUCAUGGACGGAAGAGAACAAUUCAUUUGACCAGGCAACAACGAGAUACUCUACCCAUGGUGGCUCGCUAUUUAUGUGGGAUAAAGAGGCAAAAAUGUGGAAACAAAAAUUAUUAGGUUGCGUAAAUGCAAGUAUCGGCAACGUGUCACCACUUUCAACGGACUCUACAUGAAAGAUAUUCUCAGAUAGUAUACAAGCCUCCCCGUACCAUUUUCACAUUGUCUUUUAAUUCCUUUCAUCUUCUUCACCUUAAAAUAAUAACGGCUGUAUCCUUUUUCCCUAUUUUUAAUGCACGCCUGCAUUUCAAUUUUUCAAACGUCAACUCACUAUAAAAAUUUAACAUUACCAUAAUAAGCAGAAGGCGAAUCAGAAACUUAAUUUUUUUCAGAACUUG